AUGGCGCAGGAAACCACGUCGCACGAAUUGAACACCGCCGCCGAAGUUUCAAUGUCAUCAAUCGAGAAUAUUCGCAGAAAAAUGAUUCUAAUGGAAAUCAUGGAGAAUGAGAAGUCGCGUUUCGACGAUGAUCUCGAGACGAAGGAUGAAUGGAACGAAACGAAUCAUGUGGUGACGCGAACCGAUGACGUAUCCGAGUCGGUAGGCGAAACACUUGGCUACAGCGAGAUACCCAGUGAAUGGACGGAUCAAGUUGGAUCGGAGCACGAUUCGACUAUAGCUCAGGAUGAUCUAGGAUCGCCGAGAAGCUAUUAUCAGCUUAUGGAGCUUAAUAAGGAUCCAGUCGAUCACAACACCCGAAUUGUUCGCGUUCCUUCUCAAUAUGAGCUUGACGAGCUCUCGGAGAACUUCUUUUUCGACUUUCCCAAACAAAUCAACUACAAAUGCAUUAAUGCGCCGAGAGGCCAAGAACUCACUGAUCGUCCGACUAACCUACUAACUAUGCACGAUGAACGGUAA